UUUGUUGAUACUAUGCAUUAGUUAUCACAGACAAAAUCCUAUGAGUGUUUAGCUGUAUGUAUGUCAAAGAGAAGACAUAUCUGAAAACAGAACUACCUGGAAGAAUUAUGGAAAGUGAAAAUCUGUGAGUAAAAUCGCCCGCAUACCAGUAAACAUUUCCUGAUUCACCAAACAAGGCGGUUAAACUAACGGAAUUCCGCCGGCACUCGCUGCCCCCAUCUGUGAGCUGAAGGUCUUAUUUGGAAGAAGUAGAAUAGCACUUCUGCAGCCAUGUUUCGAUUCCUGUUCAGUAAAAGAGGAAAAGGGAACAUCUCUCCUCCAAUAGAAACACAGCGUACGACGGAAAACUUUGAUAUGCCAUCUACCAGAACGUUCCAGGUCUUAAGACCGGUUCUUCUCGUGUCUGUCUUGACGGGAUAUGCGCAUCAAAAGUAUCGUGUUCUAGGAGUUCUUGGUGGGUUCCUUUGGCUCAUUAUGCUCCUCGCCCAUGCAACAUUGGACUUUCUUGCUGCCCGUCAAGUUUAUACGUACGGAUGGGCUUCAGUGUCUUUGAGUCUUUGUUUAGUGUGUUUUAUAUGCACAAUUUUUACCAACAAAAAAAUGUUACCUUGGCUUGAAAAGGGAUUGUCGCUGCUAGAGGAAGAUAGGAGAUUUCCGAAAACGAUGGAAAAAUGCCAGCAAGUUUUUAAGUGGAUACCGCUGUUUACCCUGGUAUUUGGAUUGUUCUGUGGAGCUGGCAUUUACGUCUGCCUUCAUUUUGACGAGACGCUGGACGUCAAGAUAAACCUCGACAGAGCGAGCUCAGAGUUCCCAGAUUACGCGCUCGUCGUUCUGAAAGUGGUUCGAUUCUUGGCAGCUUGUUACGUCAUGUUCGCUUUAGCGCUGUUUUGGACCGUCACAGUGUGUGUCAUGCACAUAACUGGUUACUCUAUGACUGAGUUUCAUGAGGAGAUAACCAAGCACUUGAUCGAUAAGGAAUCACCAAUCACAUUCAGACAAGGAGUAGUAUCGUUCUCUGAUAGGGGAAGAUUUGUGAGAAAGUCUGCGUCUGCGUGCAGGGUUACGCUUGCUGUUCUUUUAGUGUACAGCAUCGCAUCCCUUGCAGUGAAUGCAUUUCUCUUUUUGUACAAGCAGAGGCACAUAGUAUUCGCGUUUUAUGCGUUGCUUCCAAGUAUCGUCGCUGUCUACCCUCUGUGCAUGGCUGCCUGGGUCACAAAACAAUAUUCAUGGUAUCUUGCGGUGGUGGUAAAAGCCUGGGCCGAAAGACCCGAAAGCAGUUCCGAAGAGGAACAAAACGAGCGUGACGUUCCGAGACAAAAAGAAAAGCUGGGUCCAAAGCGAGGGCGAAGUCUGUGGAGAAGAGUAAACAGCGCAAGGAAAGGCGCUCGCAAAGACAACCUUCUCCCACUAAAGAAGGCGAAUUCUAACCCUCUGAGUGGUGAAGUCAAGUCUGGUGUGGAAGAGAUAUCAACUAAACGGAGCUACAACGGAGAAUCUCUCCUUCGUCCGCAGGUCACCGUAAGUGAUCCGGAACUCUCCGAGGAAGACCGGUUACAAAAUAAUAGCUGUUCAGACGACGACCAGCUUAAACCGAAGGAACCCGACGGCAGUGAAACUCCGAAGAGAUCCCGACGCGAAGUUCUGGAUAUGGUUCUUCGAGGAGCUGCAAGAGCUGUCGGAAAACUUAAACAUAACGCGAAGAAACCCAAGUUUAAUUUUGAGAAAUACAUUUCUUACCUUCAGAACGUCCUACCCAAUAUUGGAUUUGACAUUAUGGGAAUCAUCGUGACCUGGAAUAUGGUGUCCGCCAUUAUAUUUCUCGAGGUGUCCGUACUCGCUCUUUUUGUUCAAGAAUCGAUUUUCGGCAAUUCCAAGGCGACAGUUACAUUGUAGUGAUACAGAUGUGCUUCAGAUAGAUUGAAAAAUUUAUGCUCUGAACGAUUUGAACCAUUGAACGAUUGCUGUCACAUCACGAUGUUUGUGCUUAAAUACUCCAACAACAUUCGUUAAGUAAAUUUGGGAUUCAAUCGUUGGAUCUGAUAUGGUGUGUUUGAUUGCCCACCGACUUGAGAUUUUGGCAGUACACCGACUGAUAUCUGCGUUAGAUAGAAAGGUAUAAAUUAUGGUUGUGAUUAUCACUAGUUAACGGGGCCUCAGGCCAAAUCGUGAUGACGUUGUAAAUUUACUUUCGUUGCUAUCGUAGUCGAGCAGAUUUGAACCGUGCGAAUUCAAGUCAUUUUAUCACGCAUCGCAUUUGUAUCUACAUGCACAUACCUUGUAAGAAUAAAGUUUUUAAAACCCAA